ACACACUCGCCUGCUUCACACCUCAUCACUGUGAGCGCUCCCGCUCAGACGUGCCUUCUCCUGGAGAGAGCUGGACUCCACAGAACCGCUCCGGACUGCUGCCACCCACCAGUGGAGGAUGAGGACCCGGCAGCAUCUCACGUGAGACAUGGCUACCUGCCAGAGUCGCCGGUCCACCCCCUCCCCUCCUCUGUCCUCCUCCGUUCAUUCAUCCCUCCCUCUGCGAGACAGCACGCGUGGCUUGAAGGACACGGCACUGCACUCUCCAACAGAGUUGGAGCACCAGUAGAUGAGGACAGGAUCCCACCGCCGAGUCCUGCUCAUCUCUUGACUGUUGGAUUUAUCAGGUCUUCGCCUCUCAGGGUGCCAGUGCUCUUUCUGGGGACGGGACGGAAGCUUGAAAGUCACUGAGUCUUCUGUCACCGGUGUCUCGCCAACAGAUCGCCCAGGUCAGUCUUCUGCUGAUCUGUACAUCAGUCUAAAGAUUUGGUUCAAGACAAUGCUGUGCCUCCCUGUUGUCUCUCGCGGAGGACUGCCAGAUUGAAGCCGCUGCAUACCUAGGGUCACGAUGCAUCUCACGUAUUUGCCGUCUUUGGGACAGUUUUAGUACGAACUUCCCCUGAGCUUUUGGAAAGUAGGACAGGCUUACCUUGGGAUCGGCUCAGACGGAACUCUGUUCCGGUGCAUUUUUUUCUUGGUCAGAAUGGCAUUAUGACUCGUCCAUGCAGCGGACAAGGCUUUAGCUGAGGGACCAACUUGAGCUGUGCUCCGUCGCCCUGGGUGUAAGGAUAGGGGGGUGGCCCACGGUACCCCCCGACACCUGGGCGCCAGCGGGCCAACAACCGCCGUUGAUUCGGCAACAGGGUCCGUGCAAGGAAGAUGGCCGCUCUCGCCAGCUCGCUCAUUCGCCAGCGCAGGGAGGUCAAGGACCCCCAGGCGAACAGGCAAAUCGCCAGCAAGCGGAAGCCAUGCCCAAAGAGCAACAAGUCACUAUGCCAGAAGCAGAUCCUCAUCCUCAUAUCCAAAGUCCGGCUGUGCGGCAGCCGGGGCAGGAAGAUGGAGAAGAGACCAGAGCCGCAGCUAAAGGGCAUCGUCACGCGGCUCUACUGCAGACACGGAUUCUACCUCCAGAUGCUGCCCGAUGGCACCAUGGAAGGCACAAAGGACGAAAACAGCUCCUUUUUGCAGUUCAACUUGAUUCCUGUGGGUCUCAGGAUCGUGGCCAUUCAGAGCACCAAGACUGGACUCUACGUCGCCAUGAACAGCGAGGGCUACCUCUACACCUCAGAACAUUUCACUCCAGAGUGCAAGUUCAAGGAGUGUGUUUUUGAGAAUUAUUACGUCACCUACUCGUCGAUCCUCUACAGACAGACCCAGUCGGGCCGAGCCUGGUACAUUGGGAUCAACAGAGAUGGACAGGUCAUGAAGGGGAACCGGGUGAAGAAGACCAAAGGUGCAGCCCACUUCCUGCCUAAACUCAUAGAAGUGGCCAUGUACAGAGAACCAUCUCUGCAUGAUGUUGCUGAGCAGAGUCCACCCAGGAAAACACCCAAGUCCUCCAGUGACUCACCAGUGCACCAGAAUGGCAAGAAAGACCCUCAAUCCAAAACGAAAACCUCAACUUCCUAGCGCCCGUAGACAUCAGGGGAAGCUCAGGGGGUGCUCGGGACAGGCAUAUUUUGAGGCCACCCUGCCUGAAGGAAUUCCAGCAGAUUUGGAUACAAAUGUGCGCCUUCCCACGUCACCGCCAGAUCUAACCCCUUUUUGUCCACACCAGCCACCCUCUCCCCUCCUCAGUAACCUCUGGGAUGAGUCGGAAUUUUAAAGCAAUAACUCCACGGACGUAUGAAGGAUGUGUUUUCCACAGAGUCUUCCAGGUCCAGACCCCCAAGCGGAGGACUGGUACAGUCUCCCCAGCUGACGAUAUUUUCUUGAAAGGGUAUCCCGCUAAUGCUAGCCAGGGCUACGACACGCUUUUGUUCUCCAGCAUCUGUGAGGGUCAGCAAACGUCCACUUGUGUGUAAAUGUUCUUACUACUUUCACCUUUUGAUUAGUUUGUGGCAGCGACUCAAUUUUCCACUCGAUGGCACAAGACCCCCCUUCUAGCCGUUCUCUGCUGCUGCAGCUUAAUAGAGUCUAGGGCUGAUCACAAUCUCUCGACCCUUAAACGAGGGGCCACCGCUCGCUCAUUGCAAUGAAUAACCACACACACACACUAACAGAGUCAUUACCACACUGACAUUUAAACACACAAGCGCCGGGGCUGGUGUGUGUGCGUGGACUCUGGCUGAUAUUUAGUGACGGUUGAAUAUGAUUUAAACAGGCUUAACACCAUGACAUGCAUUAAGGCAUCUCAUAAGCCAGUGUUUCGUGCGCAUGCUGUUGUGACGUCGAGUUCCUCGCACAACCAGCUUGUGACAUCACAGCAGCCGCUUCUGUAGACGAAUGGCAGAGUUCUGGUGAAUGAUUCUGGAGGCUGAGCCUGAAAAGGUCGGGUGCCAUCCACCCCUCACGUGAAGGAAUGUGGAUCCAUACCGACCAGUGACUGGGCGUGUAAAUCAAGAAUUUUGUGGUCUUAACAUGAUAAAUUGUAUUGCCUCGCAACAUGCCUCAUUACAGGGGACGAGUGAAAACAUGAGUUUUAGGAAUAAAAUAGAAACAUGAUCAAAUAUAUGUUGGGCAAAAGUGUAAUAAUAUUUCAAAAACCAACGUCCAUUUUGUGGACAAUGGGAUAACUUUAUUUUUAAAGAGGAAAAUAUAUUAUUUGUGACAGACACUCGAUAAACAUUAAAAAGUUGUUAUAUGAAAUAUAUACAUACAUGAAAAAAAGGUUCACUAUUUAAAGAUGCACAAAGAACCUCAUUUGUUGUAAAUAUUAUUUCAAUUUUGACUCUCGUGAGGAUCCCACAAAGGCAAGGCAAGCACACAGUUUAGAUCAUACGUUUUUGUUGGUAUCUAAUUUUUGUGCUCUUCAAGGACUAUAUAAUUGACAUAUUUUUCAUGUCAUGAAGUUUUUGAUCGUGGAAUUAAAUGUGUUAAAUUUGCUAUUUAACCCUCAAUGUUAACAGGCAGCGAUAUAUAAGAAGGGACAACUGUUUUCUGCCUUCAGAAGCAAAACAUUAAAUUCACACUCUCACGACAAGCAAGUGUGAGAAAUCCCAUUGAAGUGAAGCUGCUGGGGCUCAUCGGAAAUGACUGCCAAGGGGACAGCAGUCAGUCACAAAGGGUCCCUCGACAACAGCGUUUUAUCGGGAACCAUCCAGUAUUUAUGACGGUAAAUUCAAACAAGCGGAACACAAAGACACACAUUAACGCCUCAAACCAACUCAGACCAGGCGUCAGAUAACCUUAAGAUGAUUAAUGUUCACACUGUGUAUGUCACCGCAGAGUUCAAGUCUGUCACCAAUCACCUCUAGCAGCAUCCGAGUUCCCUGCUUAUUAAUGAACAGUAACUACUUUAGGGUGUCAUUCAGGGUCUGUCAUGGCGGUACAGAGAAAUGAAGGCUGUGUUGCUGUGAACAGGCUUGAACUUCAGUAUAUACUUGGAAGAUCUUGUUCAAUGUAGCAUGUCAAGGGCUGAAUUCCAGGUCGCAAUAUCUUUUAUGUUUUCUGUGAGGAGAGUAAAAGGGCUGAAUAUUUUGAGACUGAGAAGGUCACCUUUGGGGAUUUCAAGGGCCUUUUCGAAAAUGUCGAGCAGUUGUGAAGAUAUGUGUUUCAGUAUUGAUAUCUAUGUGUUGAAUUUGAGUUCAGAGAUGAAUUGAAAGUAAGAUGGAAGUCUUCAUGUUAAGUAUUGUCACAAGCUUUCAGGUAUUUUGGGUCCCUGGCUCGGGGAUUGUGUUUCCAUGUUUGGAAACUUGUUCUUCAUAUAACAGAGGGUGACUGGAGGGUAGUCUGGCACGCCAGAGUUCAGAAUGCAUAUGAAAUAGAACCCCUUUGUCAUUUGAAACAUACUUGAGCUAAAUACUGACACAGGCCAGCCACUGAGUUUUUAAGUGGUUUCAAGUGGUUUUUCAUUGGAUGUGGACAUUGUAGAUGUAAAGCAACAAAUGUCUUGCUUGGUGGCAGGAUUGUGAAUAUAUUUAUCUGGUGACUCAUUGUGACAGAUGAUCUUACAUUUUCAAUUGCUUUUACAGGCCUUGAAAAGUCGUAAAUCAAGCGGUUGAGGAUGUGUGGUGACAAUAUUGGGGUAAAUAUUCAUGACUUUUGGCCUACGAUUUAUAUUGGGUUUAUUGAUUUUUGGCGUGUCACAUGACUGAGUUUAACGCCACUGAGAAACGCUGAGAUUUCUGAGGAGCGAGACCUCCGAACAUGUAAGGUUUAAGAGUUAGUUCUGCUGAUGUGAGUGAGGAUUUGGUCGUACGUAGAAACAUAUGUAAGGGAGAGAGAACUGGGCACAAGGCUGCCAGAGAUUGACCAGAAAAGAAGACUAACUCCCCUUUGUGGUGGUGAGAGCCAUGAUUUCCCUCGUGCUAUAAAAGACAUUGUAACCAAUAGCUGUUUGUUUCUAUGCAGUUGAGGGUCAUUCCUCGUGUGUGAGAGAUAUACACACCCAAUAAUUACCAGGAAACCCUUUAAAAAAAGAAGCAUCACUGUGAGAAAUGUUCAUUUUGUUUUCAUCCAUUGAGAUGUACGAUCAUUUUUCUGGAUCAGUUUGGAAGAGAGAAACUAUACAGAUUUCUAUGUGUCUUUUGAGUGUGUGUGAGUACAGAGAGGAGGUGUGAAGUCUUAGAUGGAGUUGCAUGUCUUCAAGUGUGUGUGUGUCGUCGUGGUGCAGAUGUUGAACCCUUCGCCUGAAUUGAUCCAGACUGAGUGAUGGGAUGUAAAUCAGCCGUUGAUGUGGCUGGUCUGUCUCCGUGUCACUAAAAGCUUGUGUAUGCUGACCACAGCCUCCUCACGGCGGAAUUUAUGACUAUUAACCAGAUCAUUAGCAACGUAAAUGUGUCAGUGAGCAAACAUGUAGCCAGUGAAUCACGUCCAUGCUCUCUGCUCCAUCCACAUACUCAAGCGACGGCGUCAGAUGUUUAAAUGUCUCUUUUUCUCAUCACUGACUAAAAUGAUCUGGGAGAGUGAUUUCAUCAUGUUAUCGUCAGCAACUCCAUAUUCACGUGUUUUUUCUUCAAUUCCGAAGGGAUUAUUUUCAUGUACAUAGCACAAGCUAUCGUCACACCUCAAGGGUCUCCCUGCAGUGCCGAAAGAUCCAUCCUGUCUUCUGGAGAACUCUUUUGACUUCCCUUUAACCUGUCUCUCUCUCUCUCUUCUGCUGUGUGUGUGUGUGUGUGUUAGUGUGAGAGUGUGUGUUGGACUUUCUUCUCCACAUCUGCAAUGCAGCAAAAGACACAAAAUAGGAAGAGAAGGAGAAGGACGUUCACAUUCACUGACAUCAACUUUUCAUUCCUAAAUUAGAUCUCAAAGUGCUUAUUAAACAUCUAAACACUCAUUUAUGUAAUUAUUUAAUUGAGCUGCUGUGGGUUUUUUUUAUUUGAAAUAUGCCGUGUGUGUGAAGUUUCUUUUCUCUGAGACGGUUUGUGUUGCAACAUGAACAUCUUCUUGUUUGGUUUGCUGAAUGUCUGAUAUCCAAAGUCAGUCGCGGCAAUGGGAUGUGAGCGAUGUCGUCAUGGUUUCUCCUGCUCGAGGAUCAUUCAGACUGCGCUCGAAUGUGUGCAAACAAAAUCACACAGUGUUGAACACAUGAUGAACGCUUUGACUUUUCGUGAACAUUUGGAGAGUGACAGUGUGGAAGUGUUUGAGGGAAAUCUUUGACCUCCGUCUUCAUGUGGUCCACAAGCAAAAAGAGAACUUCAGUCUUCCAGCUGUCAAAGCCACAAUGACACUAUUUUUAUAUCCAAUAGAGCAAAAAAAUAUAUAAAAUAAAGGAAGUAUAUCUCUAUGUGAAUAUAUCCAUGCAACAGGCGGGAGAAACCCACCUGGCAUGUUGGACCACCACGAUCCCUCAUCUUGAAUCCAGAGAAAGGACAAUGGCCAUCGCAAGUGGUCCGGACUCACCAGGAGGCAGGACUAGAGGAGUGCAUGCACCGAGCAUUUACUGGACUAUUUAUUCUCUGAUCCCUCCUCACGCUCUAUACCCCCAAAAUCUCUGCAUUUGCAACAUGAUGUGUAUUUAUUUCUAUAAUACCUUCAACAGUCAGGAGACUAAUUAUGGGAUACCAUUGA